AUGGUCUCUUUCUCCUCCUUGCUUGUGGCGCUCUCCGCUGCCGUCGGAGUUCUCUCUGCCCCCGUCGAGCAAGCUCCAGAGUUCCCCGACCUAUCCUUCAACGGAACUCUUCACGAGCUCGCCGAACGCUCCACGCCCAGCAGCACCGGCUGGAGCAACGGCUACUACUAUUCCUUCUGGACAGACGGCGGCGGCGACGUCACCUACACCAACGGUGCAGGCGGCUCCUACACAGUGCAAUGGUCCAACGUCGGCAACUUCGUUGGCGGAAAGGGCUGGAACCCAGGAAGUACCAGAACAAUCAACUACGGCGGCAGCUUCAACCCCAGCGGAAACGGCUACCUCGCCAUCUACGGCUGGACCCAGAAUCCGCUCAUCGAGUACUACAUCGUCGAGUCCUACGGCACGUAUAACCCCGGCAGUGGCGGCACUUACAAGGGCACUGUGACCUCCGACGGCGGCACGUAUGACAUCUACACGUCGGUGCGGUACAAUGCGCCGUCGAUCGAAGGGACCAAGACCUUUACGCAGUUUUGGUCGGUGAGGCAGUCGAAGCGCACCGGGGGCUCGGUCACGACGGCGAAUCAUUUCAAUGCCUGGGGACGGCUGGGGAUGAGCUUGGGGAACCAUAAUUAUCAGAUUGUGGCGACCGAGGGAUACCAGAGUAGUGGGUCGGCUUCGAUUACUGUUUACUGA